UGGGGCUGAAUUGUGCCCAGAAACCCCAGGAUCCAUGGCUGUUCUGGGCUCCCUUUCCCCAGACACACAUUCUCUCUGGUGGACAGAGGGGAGCCGUGCAGGGAGGAGGAUCGAGAACAGAGGGCGAGGAAAGGUGGCGCAGCCCUCCCAAGCACUCCCCGGCCUGACACGGCCCCGCUUUUGGGGACCGGUUUGGGUCCUCCUCCCCUGGGCGGACCACCUCACAAUGGUACCCUAGCAGAGCGCACCUGCCUCCUCCCCCUUGAAAUGAGGACCGAUUGGGUGGUCUCUCAAGCUGAGACCCUGUGUGCAGGGCCGGUGACGUCGGAGAGGGGAAGAUGGCAGCGAAGGCCUGGGGGACAUGACCCCAAGAAGAGCGGGAACAGGACAGGAGGGAGGAGGCUCUAAAUUAUCCAUCAGUACAGACCGGCCAGUGGCCUGAUGCAUAAAUGUAUAGAGAAAAUAGGGGGGGCAGAGGGGGAGAGAGAGAAGGGACCAGGGUAUAAAAAGGGCCCACGAGGGACCGAUUCCAGGAUCCCAGCACCCAGCUCCCCAAAGCGCUCAAGGUCCUGUGGACAGCUCACCCGGCUGCGAUGGCUGUAGGUAAGUCCCCUUGGGCUGGGUGAGGCGGGGGCCCUGCCAAUGGAUGGGGGCGCUAAGCCUGGGCUCUGGGGCUGCUGAAGGGGAGCACAGAGGUCUGUGCCCGGACGUUUGGCCAAGCGUUACAUGUUCUCAGUCCCGGGGCGGGGGGCAGGGGAAGGGCUGGAAAGAAACAGGCCUCUCUCCGUCUGGGCCCCAGCCUUGCCCUCUGUGUCCCUGUGUGUCCUUGUGUGUCCCUGUGUGUCCCUGUGUAGGCCCUCGGAACUCUGUGCUCCUGGCCUUCACCCUGCUCUGCCUGCCCUGGCCUCAGGAGGUGGGCGCCUUCCCGGCCAUGCCCUUGUCCAGCCUGUUUGCCAACGCCGUGCUCCGGGCCCAGCACCUGCACCAGCUGGCUGCCGACACCUACAAAGAGUUUGAGCGUGCGUACAUCCCCGAGGGCCAGAGGUAUUCCAUCCAGAAUGCGCAGGCCGCCUUCUGCUUCUCGGAGACCAUCCCGGCCCCCACGGGCAAGGACGAGGCCCAGCAGAGAUCCGACGUGGAGCUGCUCCGUUUCUCGCUGCUGCUCAUCCAGUCGUGGCUCGGGCCUGUGCAGUUCCUCAGCAGGGUCUUCACCAACAGCCUGGUGUUUGGCACCUCGGACCGAGUCUACGAGAAGCUGAAGGACCUGGAGGAAGGCAUCCAAGCACUGAUGCGGGAGCUGGAAGACGGCAGCCCCCGGGCCGGGCAGAUCCUGAAGCAAACGUACGACAAGUUUGACACAAACCUGCGCAGUGAUGACGCGCUGCUCAAGAACUACGGACUGCUCUCCUGCUUCAAGAAGGACCUGCACAAGGCCGAGACGUACCUGCGGGUCAUGAAGUGCCGCCGCUUCGUGGAAAGCAGCUGUGCCUUCUAGUGGCCAGGCCUCCCUUUCACCCCCUCCCCUGUGCCUCCCCUCACCCUGGAAAGGGCCACUCCCGUGUCCACUGUGCUUUCCUAAAUAAAAUGAAGUUGCAUCA